AUGUCGCAAAAAACGGACAUGGAUCCAUCACCUAUCAACCAGGCAUCGGAUCUGGACCUUACCUGGGACUCAGAUCAAGAUUAUGAUGAAUGCGUGUAUUACCAUAAAGGAAGUGAUCUAUACGCCGAAGACGUCGAUGGUCAGAUGGCGGUACUGCCGGAAGUACCUGCGACGACGGAAGAUGUGAGGAUCGAAGAUAUUCAACUAUGCGGAUCUGAUAAUCAAACUCCGGAGGAAAUUGAGCGACUUCGCCAAAAGAUCUGGAAGUUCCGACAUCUCUUGAUCGGUAAGGGAAAUGCCCUUGCACCGGCAGCUAGAGGCGUGGUGUGUGAUAUCGAUGUCGGGGGAGCGAGACCUAUCGCCCUCAAGUGCCGUAAGUUGCGGAUCCAGUUCAGGGAGAAGCUGGCAGACCUGAUCAAGGGUCUAUUGUCUGCCAAGAUGAUCAACUACUCCAGAUCACCAUGGGCUUCCCCAAUCGUGGUGAUCAUUAAGAAGAAUGGAGUGGACAUCAGGCUAUGCAUUGAUUAUCGGUUGGUUAAAAGCCUGAGUAUAUCCAAUGCCCUUGAUCAACGAUCUACUCGAAGUUCUGGAGUCGACACUUUGGUACUGUUCCUUGGACAUGGCAAGCGGAUUUUGGGUGAUCGUGCCCGCUUGAUCUCAGCUUUCAUAACGCCGUUCGGGCUAUUUGAAUGGAAUCGAAUGCCUUUCGGCUUGAAGAAUGCGCACCAGAUCUAUCAACGUAUGAUCGACAACGCGCUAUAUGGAUUCACUCGGAUCCCGAAGUCCGAAGAUCACGGAGAUACUCUGGAUGUGUUUGAGGGCGGGGAACCGGCAGAUCCAGGCAAGCCAUCGGGAAUGCCUAAGGUGGAAUAUCUUGGGCAUAGGGUCUCGCACAAUGGACUGGAGGCAAAUCCGAAAGAUCUGUCUGCAUUGACUGAUCUAGCCUUUCCAGGAUCACACAGAGCUAUGUAA